AUGUCUGCUUCCGCAGAAGACCCCUACAAAUGCUCUCGCACCAAACCGUGUGAGCUCGGCUGCUGUAGGCUGGACGAGACUGGCGACUCGGGCAACUGCGGUGCUGGUCCCGAGUUCUGCGGCAAGGACAAUUGCCACUCGCAAUGCAGCUGGAAGUCAGAGUGCGACCCGGGCUGGGGCAUCCAGUGGUCCAACAUGUCCUCGUGCCCACUGAACGUGUGUUGUUCUGACUAUGGGUUUUGCGGCACAACUCUUGAUUUCUGCAAUGGUCGGAUGAUCGCCAAGCCAGAGUGCGCCAUCACUGCUGGAACUUCGGACAAGCGCACGAUUGGCUACUAUGAGGGCUGGAACGCCCAGCGUGCGUGUGGGCACAUGGCCCCAGACGAAAUCCCGCUCGGCUACUACACGCACAUCUUUUAUUCCUUUGCGCUCAUCGAUCCGCAUUCGUUCCAUGUGGCACCUAUGGACAGCGAGACGGCCUCGCACUAUGACGAGGUUACUUCGCUCAAGGCUAAACAGCCUGGUCUUGAAGUCUGGAUCGCUAUCGGAGGCUGGGCUAUGAACGAUCCUGGGCCGUUCAGGACAGCAUUCUCGGACAUGGCCAAGUCUACAGCGAGCCAGGAUGCCUUCUUCGAUUCUUUGGUUAGUUUCAUGCUACAGCAUAACUUUGACGGCGUGGAUAUCGACUGGGAAUACCCUGUUGCCGAGGAUCGUGGGGGCGUCGAAGCGGAUUUCGACAACUUCGUUACCAUGCUUAAGAGGAUGCGCCAGCACUUGAACCGCGCCGGGCGCCGCUUUGGUAUCAGCAUCACCCUUCCCGCGUCUUAUUGGUACCUACGCGGCUUCGACAUUAUCAAUCUCGAGCCACACGUGGACUUUUACAAUGUCAUGACUUACGACAUCCAUGGUACUUGGGACAGCACGGUCAAGUCAAUGGGGCCUUAUGCCUUUGCGCACACAAACCUGACCGAGAUCGACACCGCUCUGGAGCUGCUAUGGCGUAAUAACAUCAAUCCGAGCCGCGUAAACCUAGGCCUUGGCUUCUACGGCCGCAGCUUUACCAUGAAGGACCCCAGCUGUAUGCGCUCGGGCUGCGAGUUCACCGAGGGCGCAAAGGGCGGCGAGUGCACGGGAACCCCUGGCGUGCUGUCUGCGGCCGAGAUUGUCAAGAUCCUGGAGCGCGACGAUGCCAAGAUGACGCUCGACGAGGCCGCCGCCGUGCAGAUAGUCACGUGGGACACGGACCAGUGGGUCAGCUGGGACGAUCAGAAGACGCUUAAGAUGAAGCAGGACUUUGCGAACCGUCGAUGUCUCGGCGGCACUAUGGUCUGGGCGAUUGACCUUGACGACGGCACGCUCAUUGAAGAACUCGGAAAGAACCUGAACCGGCCCAAGUCCCCGGUGUACAAUGGCACGUAUAUUGUUGCGGAUGCAGCAACUUAUAACUCUGGUGAGACGGAAGAAUUGUAG